GGCAUGGAGGAGGUUCCUCAGGACUGUCCUGGGGCCGGCAGCGCCCAGGCGGGCCGAGGGGCGUCCUGUCAGGGAUGCCCAAACCAGGGGCUCUGUGCUUCGGGAGCCGGCGCCACUCCGGACCCAGCUAUCGAGGAAAUAAAAGAGAAAAUGAAGACAGUGAAACACAAGAUCUUGGUGCUGUCCGGCAAGGGCGGUGUUGGCAAAAGCACGUUCAGUGCCCACCUGGCCCACGGCCUGGCGGAGGAUGAAAACACGCAGGUGGCUCUUCUGGACAUUGAUAUAUGCGGCCCUUCGAUCCCCCGGAUCAUGGGGCUGGAAGGAGAACAGGUGCACCAGAGCGGCUCAGGCUGGUCCCCCGUGUUUCUGGACGACAACCUGGGGGUGAUGUCAGUGGGUUUCCUGCUCAGCAGCCCAGACGACGCCGUCAUCUGGAGGGGCCCAAAGAAAAAUGGCAUGAUCAAGCAGUUCCUGCGAGAUGUGGACUGGGGGGACGUAGACUACCUCAUCGUGGACACCCCGCCUGGGACGUCCGACGAGCAUCUCUCAGUCGUCCAGUUCCUGGCAGCAGCCCACAUCGAUGGGGCAGUAAUAAUCACCACGCCACAGGAAGUGUCGCUGCAGGAUGUCCGGAAGGAAAUCAGUUUCUGCCACAAGGUGAAGCUGCCCAUUGUCGGGGUGGUGGAGAACAUGAGUGGGUUCGUGUGUCCCAAGUGCAAGAAGGAAUCUCAGAUCUUCCCACCCACGACGGGGGGCGCUGAGGCCAUGUGCCAGGCCCUGAAGAUUCCCCUUCUAGGCAGGGUGCCCCUGGACCCACACAUAGGUAAGAGUUGUGACAAAGGCCGGUCUUUCAUGGUGGACGCCCCCGAGUCCCCGGCCACGUUGGCUUACAGAAGCAUCAUCCAGAAAAUCCAGGAGUACUGUAAACCUCAGCCGCCCGGAGAGAGCCCCCCCAGUUCCUGAAAUGGGGUGCAUGGGACCACAGACAGGAAGGGACCAGGUCGAGAUAGAAGAUGCUUUGUCAGAGAUGCUUUAAUCUCCCGCCAGCCACUGCUCUGAUGCCAGCGAAAGUGUACCCAGUUUUGUCUAAAUAAAUGCGUUUCGUCCUGGCCUCCUGCA